UUGAUGUGCUGUUGCUGUGCAGCUCAUCUCAAUCAACUCCCCUCCCACAAUUCACUCCCCAAUUUACUCACUUCACCACCCCACGAUUUAUGGCCGCGCUCCUACCCUGCUCUGCUCCCCCCUCCUCUCUCUUCCCCGAGCACGCACCGGCACCGCAGUAGCCACGAACGCGCCAAGAGAAACACUCGAGAGAGGGAGAGAGCACGCGCGCGUGCGCCUCUCGCCGUCGCCAUGGGCCGCGGCGGUGCGUGCGGCGUCGCCUCGCUCUUCUUGGCGGUGGCGGCGGCGGCCUGCUGCGCGGCGGCGGCGCAGGAGCCCAACACGGACGCCUACUUCGUCGCGCGCUUCUACGCCAAGAUGGGCCUCGCGGCGCCGCCGUCGGGCGCCGGCGCGGUCUGCUCCUGGCCCGGGGUGUCCUGCGACGGCGAGGGGCGGGUGCUGGCGCUCGCCGCCGCCGGGAUGGGCCUGUCGGGCCCCAUCCCGGAGGACACGGUGGGGAAGCUCGCCAGGCUGCGCUCGCUGGAUCUCAGCGCCAACCGCCUCACCGCGCUCCCCAACGACCUCUGGGAGCUGGGCGCGUCGCUGCAGAGCCUCAACCUCUCCCGCAACGCCAUCCGCGGCGCGCUCCCCAACAACGUCGGCAACUUCGCGCGCCUCCAGGUGCUCGACGUCUCUCACAACGCCUUCUCCGGCGCGCUGCCCCCCGCGCUCGGCUCCAUUGCCGGCCUGCAGGUCCUCAACGCCAGCCACAACCAGUUCCAGGGCCAGGUCCCGGGCGCCGGCGGGAGCCUCGUCUCCAUGGAUCUCUCCGGCAAUGCGCUGGACGGGGACCUGCCUGACUUGUCGCCGCUGCGGUCGCUGGCCUACCUCAACCUGUCCGGCAACCAGCUCCGCGGCUCCAUUAUCGGGGCGUUCCAGGAGCAGUUGGGGGUCAUAGACCUUAGCAACAACCGCUUCUCGCGGUUGAAUUUUAGCAGUGGGUAUUCUGGUACGUCCCUCAUGUACCUCGACCUGUCAAGCAACGAGCUUCUCGGGGAAUUCGGCCUCCCUGGCCGGUUCCGGAACCUGAGGCACAUGAAUCUCGCAUUCAACCAGUUGUCCACCAACAAUUUGCUGGCGUCCAUUGGUGAGAUUUCUUCAUUGGAGUAUGUCAACCUGUCAAGCACUGGGUUGCAUGAGCGAAUCCCUGGGGCGUUGUCUUCCCGGUUGGUUGGCUUACAUGUGCUGGAUUUGUCACGGAACAAUAUCAGCGGGGUGGUGCCGGACUUGAGCACUUUGCCGCUGCGGGUGCUGGACCUGUCGGUGAACAACCUCACUGGGGAGAUCCCUGUGUCACUGGUCAAGAAAUUGGUGUCAAUGGAUCGAUUCAACUUCUCGUACAACAAUCUCACCGUCUGCGCCUCCGAGCUCUCCCCGGAAGCGUUUACAGCCGCCUUUGCUAGGUCCAGGAAUGACUGCCCGAUUGCUGUGAACCCGGACAGCAUCAAGAAGAAUGGGGGGCACCGCAAGGGGAUGAAGUUGGCGCUGGCCAUUGUGCUCACGCUCUUCUUCUCGGUUCUUGCAUUGCUUUGCUUGGCACUUGUGUGCAGGAAGCCGAGGAAGAAGAGGGGUGACACAUUUCCCGUUGAUAAGCAGCCAUCGUCAUUCAAAGACGAGCCUGGCACAUCAGGGCCAUUUGCGUUCCAGACUGAUUCCACAACUUGGGUUGCCGAUGUCAAGGUUGCCACAUCCGUUCCAGUUGUCAUAUUUGAGAAGCCAUUGCUGAGCUUCACGUUCGCCGACCUCUUGGCAGCCACAUCAAACUUUGACAGGGGAACUUUGCUGGCAGAAGGGAGAUUCGGGCCAGUGUACACAGGAUUCCUCCCUGGUGGAAUCCAGGUUGCUGUGAAGGUGCUGGUCCAUGGUUCGGCAAUGGCAGAUGAGGAUGCUGCCAGAGAGCUUGAGCGGCUGGGGCGGAUCAAACAUUCCAAUCUGGUUCCUUUGACUGGUUACUGCUUAGCAGGAAGCCAAAGAAUCGCGAUAUAUGAGUACAUGGAGAAUGGCAAUCUGCACAACUUGCUGCAUGAUUUGCCACUAGGCUUGCAGACCACCGAAGACUGGAGCACCGACACAUGGGAGGACAACAAUGGUGGCGUGGCCACUGAAAACAUCACCCCAGAGGGCACUGCGGCAUGGAGGUUCCGACACAAAAUCGCACUAGGCGCUGCAAGGGCACUGGCGUUCCUCCACCAUGGUUGCAUUCCGCAGAUCGUCCACCGGGAUGUGAAGGCAAGCAGCAUCUAUUUCGACUAUGCAAUGGAGCCAAGGUUGUCUGAUUUCGGCUUGUCAAUGAUCGCCGGGACAAGCACAGACGGCGACCAUUCCCCUGGCUAUGUGCCGCCGGAGUUCUCCGACCCAGAGAACGCCACGGCGACGUCGAAGUCCGACGUUUACAGCUUCGGCAUCGUGCUGUUUGAGCUGAUCACCGGCAAGAAGCCACUGGGUGAUGAGUACCCUGACCAGAAGGAGGCAAGCCUGGUGAGCUGGGCAAGGGCAAUGGUGAAGGCAAAUCAAGGGUCGAGCAUCAUCGACCCCAAGAUCCGCGACACGGGACUGGACAGGCAGAUGGACGAGGCACUGAGGGUCGCCUACCUUUGCACCGCCGAGCUGCCAUCCAAGAGGCCAACCAUGCAGCAGAUCGUUGGCCUAUUAAAGGACAUUGAGCCUAGAGUAGCAGAUGAGAACUGAAGUUAUAUUUAUUUAUUAGUGUAUUUUAGGCGUGUGAGCAGCGAGUGAGGUCCUAGUUGUUUCCUGGUCCUCUGCUGAAAUAUAUCUUCUUCUUCUUCUUCUUCUUCUUCUUCUUUGAUUGUUCAUCUUCUGAGAUGCUGCAAUACAGCUUUGCCACACUUGCUCCUUUA